UCAAGCUGCAUGAGCGGGAGUGCGCAUGCGCCGCGUCUCUGCACUUUCUGGGGAUGUGUUUGUCUGCAUUUAACGAUGAAUAAACUCCUGGACAGCUGUUGUGUGAAAGCGGCCCCCCUCUCAAGUCUGUUGUGAGCAUGAUGGCGACCACCGAGGAGGUCACAGUGUCCAUGGGGGAGGUGGUAAUGCUAAAAGCUGACGAGGAGGAGGGUGACCCCGACGACCCUAAUAAGACUCAGGUCAUCCUCCAGCUCCAGCCCAUCACCACUGGAGAUGAAUCUGCUGAAACAGAUGCAGCUGUCAUGGCUGUUGAGGCACCUCCAGAACAAACAGAGGGGGAUGACGUGGAAAUCGGCUGUGCCAUAACCUGCGGCGACUGCAAAGCCAUGCUGCUCUUGAAGAAAUUUGUGUGUCCAGGAAUCAACGUGAAAUGCGUGAAGUAUGAAGAGCAGCUGAUCAGCCCCAAGCAGUUUGUGCACAUCUCUGGAAAAGCCACUCUGAAAGACUGGAAGAGAGCCAUCAGGAUGGGUGGAGUCAUGCUCAGAAAAAUGAUGGAUUCAGGUCAGCUGGACUUCUACCAGCACAGCACGCUGUGCACCAACACGUGCCGCAGCACCAAGUUUGACCUUCUCAUCAACAACACACGGUUUCCUCCGGAUGGCACUGGACUUGGCAUGCCCACAUCCUCUCAAGCUCAGGUGGUUCUGGGUAAUGGCGGGACAGAUGGUGAGGACAGACCUGAAAAUCUAUGUGCGAAGUUGGACUGGAGCUCACUGGAGUCUGUGGACAAGAAGGAAUCCAACGAGAUCUCGGAGGACACACUGAACUUCUGGAAGGGUAUUGCCGACGUGGGUUUGCUGGGUGAAGUGGUGACCAACAUCAGCACUGAGCUGCUGGAGAUGCUGAACGGCGUGCAGCAGCUCAGGGAUCUGGUUGCCUUACAGGACACAGAUUCCUGUCUGGUAGAGGUGGCGGUGCUCAGUAACCUGGCCCAAGUGUUCGGCCUGCUCGACUCAGUAAAGAAGAUCCUGGACAAGAGGAGGCAGGAGACGGAUCCCAUCCAGGAGGAGGUCCUCAACACACUCACUAACCUGGAGGUGCAACUGGAGGAACAGAGGAAGCAGCAGCAGGUCCGAGCUCUUCUCUCCUGCCCGCAGCCUGCCAAGAACAAAACUCCCACCAAGCGCCCGACCAAACGGCCUCGUCUGCAGAGGCCCGUCUCCACAACCACCCUCCUGGCGUCCCCCAUUAACCAGCAGACCACCCUGCAGCCUCAACAGUUCACCGUUCUCUCACCCCUCUCUCUGUCCUCUAUGGGUCAGCCCUUCACCAUGGCAGGCUUACCCAUCGCCACCCUAGGCCAGUCCUCUAAAACGGUUACGCUGCUUCCCGCUGGCUCGCAGUUCUUCACCCGCUACAUGGUUACCGGAGACGGAAAGGCAGACACCAUCACCCUGCAUCCAUCCUCCGGCCUCACACUGGUGGGUACCACCUCCAUGCAGGACUCCUGCCAGCUGGGCACCAUGGUGAGCCCAUUAGAGCUGGUGCACCUGAGCCAGCAGAGUGGCAGCACAGAGGUGGUGCCCAUAGAAGGCCAGAUGAUAGACGGAACCAUGCUGGUGCAGCAGCAGAUUAUGCAGGGGGAGGUGGACACAGGCCAGGAACACACGGUCAUCGAGAUCAACCCAGCCCCUGUGGAGCAAGCAGUGGGUGUGAUGGAGCUCCAGCUGACUGGGGAGCAGGGCAGGGACGAUGCGUCCAUGGUUGUCCAAAGUGCGAUGGAGGUGACGUUGGCUGGAGAGGGGGUGGGGACGCAGUGCCAAAUACAGCAGGGGCAGACUGAGGGGGUUCAAGGGCUGCAGCUGGAUGCCAGCGGACAGUUGUCAAAUGUACAGAUAGUUGUGAUUGGAGGAAACACUCAGGUAGAAAACCAGGUGAAAUGAGACACACCUCUUUUAUCCAGCAAAGCAGGUAUGAACUGAGCAAUCAUCCCAGACUUGAAACUGUAAAUACACCAAAUUUCCAAAUCCACUGAUUGACUUGGCCUAAGACCAAGCACAAGGGGAGUCAUUUUCCCUUUUUGGUGCAAGAGUGUGUGUCUGCGUGCGUGCAUGUGUGUGUACAUGCUCUUCUCAACAUGUUGAUUUUUAUUGAAACAAAGAGGCGUCACAACAAAGAACCAUGAUGUAUUCUCCUGAUUGUUUUGUAUUAAACGGAUAGUUGCAGUUUAUCAUAGCUUGGCUCAUGUUUUUCUAGAUCAGGCCAUAAUUUCCAUUGGCAAUAUUAGCUCUGAGAUGUGGCUAAGUGGACACCACAUAGCAGACGUCAGAACUGUCUGGUGAGUUGGAGAGCGAUUGGAAAAAAACCUCCAGGCUAACUUAACUUAUUUGAAGGAAUAAAAGUCUGCAAACGGAAAUGAAAAUCUGCUGCCAACAGACCGACUUUGUGUGUCAACCCAAGCCUGCUAUAAAUACUGCUGUAGAAUUCACACAUCUAAACAUACCCUCACUUUAGCUUUACCUUCAAAUAAAGUGGUUCAGUUGAAAUAAAUCUGGUCUCUGCUACAAAGUCAAAAUGUAUGGUUCGGAUAUUAGUCGCAUUUUGAACCCCUGGUUUGAAUAACAGCCUGUGUGAUCAUCUCACCACUCGUAUGUAAACAAAACAUAUGCUGAGUAUGCAUAUCGCAGUAAUUACCCUGAUUGGUGCAGUGAUAUCCUGACUAAUAAAAAACUAAGUGAGACGAAACGUCAACAAGCAACAACAUUAUGAACAGGGAAUUCAGGGUCAAUGUAAAGUACAUGGUGCUGUUGAUUGAUCCGUUCAUGUUAUACUGACUUGGCAGCAGCAGGUUGUUCACCUCACAUCCCUCUUCUGUUAUCAGGCUCAUUACCAUUUACAGUGUUGCUGUCACUUGAGGCUCGAUCAAUUGCACUGUCUGUUGUGUCUUGUUAUUGUUUUUGCACUGCAUGACGCCUCUUCAGGACGACAGGAAGACGUCUGCAACAAGGCCAGCUCUCUAAACAUUUCUUCAAAACUUGGCCAUACCGUUGGGUAUGACACACAUUUCCCUGUGCCCAGUUAAAAAGGCCAUCGACUGAACUCGUCUCAUUGGGAUUGUAUGGUUUCUGCCCUGUCUGGUUUCUCGCCGCCUGGGCUCACUCACAAAUGUCCUUUUUUCUUUUUUAUUGUGAACAUCUAUUCCCUUUUUUUCACUAUCAUAGAAAGUGUGAGUUACUGGACUGAGUGUUUAAGUCAAUGUAUAAAAGAACUUAUAUAUACUUAAUGUCAAAUGUGGUAUGCCUGUAUUUUACACUUGUAAAGUAGUUUUAUUUAUUAGUUUUUCAUUCGGACUGGAUGAAAUGAUCCGCUUGGCUUAAGCUCACCUCAACAAAGACCUGUUCAAGACUUGUGCUUUAACAAUAAUUUAAUUUAACAAAUGAGGGUAUUUGCAUAAAGACUUUGUAAUGUGUUUUAAUAUCAAAUUAAAAC